AUGUGUAUCUAUACUUACCCCCGUUCCCCCCUUUCCCCCUUUCCCCCUUUCCCCCCUUUCUCCCUUCUGACAACUCGAAAUCCGAAGCAUACAGGGAUCUUGUAUAGCCACGUCGGCCCAUUUGGCACCAAAGUCGAAGAUUGGUCCGAAAAGCUUAUGGUACAAGCCGCGAAAGAAGCACUUUUUCCAGUCACUUCAUCUGAACUUCAUCUGAACCCAACUGCCCAGAGCUCUGCCGUGGAUAGCCAGCAAGUACUACGUACCAGGUGGAGUAACCAGGCGGAGAGUAACGGAAACGGGAGCAGCGGAAAUCAAGCAUUCACGCGGCGCAUAACGACGAUGCUUGUCUCACUUCUUACUUAUCACGCGCUCUCCUCCCCUUGUCCUGGUCCUGGUCCCGGUCCUGGUCCUGGUCCUGCGUCGGGGGAAGAGACUCGCUUAGCGUAUUGA